GGCGCUUUCAGUUCGCUUUGUGACUCGUUGGGUUGUGCACGACAGCGCCGCGCAUAAAUUGAAGUAGCUUGGCAGCGACUCCAAGUCAGACUCGAACUCCAACGCUAACGCUAACGUCAACUUUGAAUUUGGUUCUAAUUCCGUCCGAGUGUGAGCUAAGCAGUCUCUUUUUUUCAAGAUCACUGAGAACAUUUGCUAAAAGUUGCUGAGCUGUCAAGCGUUGCCUGACGCGUAACUGAACUCUUUUCGUAAAGUUGCCAGCUGCAGUUCAAAAGCAAACACGCACACACUCUCACACGAAGAAGCGAGAGAGAAAGAGAGACACCAGAGACGACACACAUUCACACUUGGUUACCACGUUUUCCACUCAAAGACAGUAGUCAGCGGUAGUCAUCAAUUCACACUCGACGAUCGUCGCGCGACUCGCUACAAAAUGCAAUUUCUUAAAAGGUUCGGCAAGGGCCUCAACAAGGAGUUGCAAGUAAAGAAUUUCGGCUUUGAAUACAAUCAUGUGCAUUUAUUCUACAAGUUUCUGUGGCAAAAGAAUGAGGUCAGCACAUAUUAUUUACUAUAUCGCUGGAUAUGGGCGUUAUUCUUUCUGGCCGUUUACAUCACUUGCAUCAUUUUGCAAUUCUGCGAAGGCAAAUUCUUCAUCUAUAUGACCAACUGGGGCUUCGGUAUGAUCACGAUAACUAUGCUGAUAUCCGCGGUGAUGGUCACACGAUGGCACUUCGAUCUACAGAAUGUGCGGAGUCUGGUAAACGAGGCGGGGCAAAAGGGGCGCACAACGUGGGGACUGAAGAUCUAUUGGUGGCUCUACAAUAUGUCUCUGCUAUUGGCACUGAUCAUAUCCACCAUAUACUGGAUAUUUCUAAAUGGUCGCAUGAACAAACCAGCGCGAUUUCCGGCGAUUAGCGCUAUAACACAUGCGCUCAAUUCUAUUUUUAUUCUAAUCGAUUUUAUGGUCGUCGCAUUUCCGCUGCGACUGUUGCACAUGGUGCAGACCAUGGUCCUGGCGAUUGUCUUCUUUUUGUUCACCCUCAUCUACCAUCUCUACGGCGGCACAGACGAAUUUAACAACCACUAUGUCUAUCCCAUUUUGGACUGGAAUAAUCCAAUGCGCUGCCUGGUGACCUUCAUCGGAGUCUUCCUGAUGAUCGUUUGCUAUUGGCUGAUCCUCUUUGGUUUGCAUAAGCUGAAGCAGGCCUUUAAUCGCGCCUUCAGCGUUGUCUGGACGCCCCAUUCAGUGGGUCUAAUAUAAGACCCAGUGCCGACUUUUUCACAUCAUCAACUGCUAGUAGUUUUAAGUAGCACCACCAGCAUUAUUUCCUAAUUCUCACAUAAUCACUUUCUAACCACCCACAGUUGUAUGUAUGGAUAUACACACACACAUACUCACAAGACACUGUCAUCACAUAUUGCAUUUAUUUAUGACAUUUUAUAGUUAAAUUAUUUCGUUAGCCAGUAAUUGCUAAGUGAAUAGUCUAAUGUUCCUUAACGCCAAAGCAAAAUAUCUUGGCUUUAGCUAGUAUUUUUUUUUAUCGGUAUAAACUAUUGAAUAAAGGUUCUUACCAUGGAAUCCAUAGUAUAUGAAAUUGUUGAAGAAAUUGGAUGAAGGUUACAUUUUCCAUUUGGAAUGGGGUUAAAUAUUAAAUUGUUGAUGGAAUAAUGAAUAAAAUGCUCAAUAUUUGAAACAAUUAUUGUAAAUAUAAUAAUUAGAAUUUAAUUUUAUGGAAAUGG